GUACUGGAAGCCCAGCAAAUGAUUACCUCACUUCUCUUCACUCCACUGAAAAGUCGAAACAGGAGUGAGGUUUAACUGUUAACGUUGUUAGGGUAGGGUUCUUCUCUUCUGUUUCUGCAAUUCCAAAAACCAAAGCAAAAAUGAGAUCACCAAUUUCUUCAUCAAUCCCUCACCUCACUCUCCGCUCAAUCAAAAGCCCAAAAUCCCUCUCUUCACAACCUGAACUCCCCAAUAUCCCCGUCUCAGAAACCCCACUUUCUCAGAAUCCCCAUCCAAACACCAAUUUCCCAGGAAAAUCCGCACCAACCUCGCAAGAUUCAUUUUUGACACAAACCCAAUACAUAGACACCCUUCUAAACCACCAAAAUGAUCCGCAAUCAGCUCUUAGUUACUUCACUUGGGCUAGUCAAAAGAGAGGGCUUAUCAAAAGCGUUGAUGCAUUAUGUGUUUUGCUUCACAUUUUGACUAAGUCUACAGAGACUUGUGGAAAGGCUAGGAAUCUGCUUAAUCGAUUCGCUUCGGAUGAUUGGGGACCCGUGCCUAGUGUUGUUGUUGCUAGGCUAAUUGAGAGUUCAAGAAGGUUGGAUUUUGAAUCUGAUUCUCGGGUUUUUAAUUACCUGUUGAAUAGUUAUGUUAAAACUAAGAGGAUUAACGAUGCUGUUGACUGUUUUAAUUCAUUGAUUGAGAAAGAUAUAGUUCCUUGUCUUACUGUCAUGAAUAUAUUUUUGAGUGAAUUAGUUAAGAAUAAUAUGAUUCGUGAGGCGCGGGAUGUGUAUAAUAAGAUGGCUUCGAAAGGGGUUAAAGGUGACUGUGCCACAAUUAGUGUGAUGAUUCGUGCAUCCAUGAGAGAAGGAAAAUUAGAGGAGGCAGAGGGGUGGUUUAGAGAGGCAAAAAAUAAAGGAGUAGAGCUUGAUGCCAGGGCCUAUAGUAUUGUUAUUGAGGCUGUUUGCAAGAAACCUGAUUCUGUUGCAGCACUUGGGUUGUUGAGGGAGAUGAGAGAUAAGGGGUGGGUGCCGCAUGAGGUCAUAUUUACUCGGGUUAUUGGGGUUUGUAUGAAGCAAGGAAAAAUGUUGGAAGCAGUGAAAGUUAAGGGGGAGAUGUUGAGUUGUGGGAAGCCAAUGAAUGUGGUGGUGGCAACGACUUUGAUGAAGGGUUAUUGCAAGCAAGGUGACUUGGAUAGUGCUCUAGAAUUGUUCGAUAAAAUGAAUGAGAAUGGAAUUUGUCCAAACAAUGUUACAUAUGCAGUUAUCAUUGAAUGGUGCUGUAAGAAUGGGAAUAUGGAUAAGGCUUAUGAGAUUUACAACCAAAUGAAAGACAUGGAUAUCUCCCCUACUGUCUUCAAUGUGAAUUCCUUGAUUCGGGGAUACUUGAAGGCACGGUCACCUGAAGAGGCAUCCAAGCUGUUUGAUGAGGCAGUUGCAUGUGGUAUUGCUAAUGUCUUCACUUAUAAUUCUCUUUUAUCAUGGUUAUGCAAGGAGGGUAAGAUGAGUGAAGCUUGCAGUAUUUGGGAAAAGAUGGUGAGAAAAGGUGUCCGACCCUCUGUAGUUUCUUACAACAACAUGAUACUUGGCCACUGCCAACAAGGCGACAUGGAUUCAGCAAAUGGUGUGUUUGUGGAGAUGCUUGAAAAGGGUUUAAAACCUAAUCUGAUUACAUAUUCUGUUUUGAUGGAUGGCUAUUUCAAAAAAGGUGACACUGAAUAUGCCUUUGGCUUGUAUGAUCGAAUGCGAGGUGAAAAUAUUGCCCCAUCAGAUUUCACUUGCAAUAUUAUAAUCAACGGUCUGUGCAAAGCUGGUCGCACGUCUGAGUCACAGGAUAGGUUGAAGAAGUUGGUUCAGGAGGGUUUCAUUCCCACCUGCAUGACAUACAACUGUAUUAUAGAUGGAUUUGUAAAGGAGGGCUCUGUCAACUCCGCCUUGGCUGUUUAUACAGAGAUGUGCAAAAUUGGAGUAUCUCCAAACGUCUUCACUUACACUAACUUGAUUAAUGGGUUUUGCAAGAGCAAUAAUAUGGAUCUUGCCUUGAAGGUGAUGGAUGAGAUGAAAAACAAGGGUAUUGAGCUGGAUGUUACCGUAUAUUGUGCUCUGAUUGAUGGAUUUUGCAGAAAAGGAGACAUGGUAAAUGCAAGCCAGCUUUUAUCUGAACUCCAAGAAGUUGGGUUAUCUCCAAAUAAAGUAGUCUACAGUUCCAUGAUAAGUGGCUUCAGGAAGCUCCAGAAUAUGGAAGCAGCGCUGCAUUUGCACAAGAGAAUGAUAAAUGAGGGGAUUCCUUGUGAUUUACAAAUUUACACUACGCUGAUUUCUGGAUUGCUAAAAGAGGGUAAAUUACUCUUUGCUUCAGAACUUUAUGCAGAGAUGCUUGCUAAGGGCAUCAUGCCUGAUUUAAUAACUUAUAGUGUUCUGAUACACGGUCUUUGUAAUAAAGGACAGCUAGAGAACGCACAGAAAAUUUUGGAAGAUAUGGAUAGGAAAUGUAUGGCCCCCACUGUCUUCAUAUAUAAUACGCUGAUUACCGGACACUUUAAAGAGGGCAAUCUACAAGAGGCUUUUAGACUGCAUAAUGAGAUGCUCGACAAAGGUCUUGUUCCUGAUGAUACUACUUAUGAUAUUCUUGUAAAUGGAAAAGUCAAAGAUGGAAAUCUCUUUUCCGGAGCUUCAAGUGCUUGAAUCCCAUCCUGUUUCCUUCAGAGUUUUGUACCAUAUAGAGGUCCUUCAAAGUAAAGUAUCCGUGAAGCGACCCCCAUCUAAUUUGGGCUGGACCUUAACUGAGAUACGAUCCAAUUUUCCAUUUCUUUCUGGUUCCCUCCAGGAUCCCUUACUCUGACUGUUGCUAACAAGUUUUUGCAGCUGGUUCUUUCAUUGAUCUUUUCAAGAGCUUUUGUGGGCAUCAGUUACCACUCUGUUUUAGAUCCCUUUUUAUUGAUGUAAAUGUGUUAAAUAAUAGAUAAUAUUAAUUGCAACAUUUCCUUGUGAAAUCUUUGUAAGCAAACGAGCUUGUGUCACCGGUGAAAGCUUAACAUCUGAUACGUUAUUUUAUUUCGAUUCACUUGACACUCGGGUUUAAGUA